AUGGCCACUACCCAGCUCUUCUUAGAGAGCACGAUUGCUUGUAUAUUAAUCAUAAUUCCUAGACAGAAUCAGUUCAGUAAGGGUCUGGAGUCAUUUAAAGUUUGUGGUUUUUUAAGAGACUUCGCUUGUGGCAGGACCACCAUGUACCCUGGCAUCGCGGACAGGAUGCAGAAAGAGAUCACUGCCCUGGCACCCAGCACGAUGAAGAUCAAGAUCAUCGCGCCCCCUGAGCGCAAGUACUCCGUGUGGAUUGGCGGCUCCAUCCUGGCCUCGCUGUCCACCUUCCAGCAGAUGUGGAUCAGCAAGCAGGAGUACGAUGAGUCCGGCCCCUCCAACGUCCACCGCAAGUGCUUCUAGGCGGACUGUUGGCUGCGUCACACCCUUUCUCUUGACAAAACCUAACUUGCGCAGAAAACGAGAUGAGAUUGGCAUGGCUUUAUUUGGUUGUUUUUUUUUUUUUUUGUCUUUUUUUAUUUUUUUUUUUUUUUUUUUGGCGCUUGACUCAGGAUUUAAAAACUGGAACGGUGAAGGUGACAGCAGUCGGUUGGAUCGAGCAUCCCCAAAGUUCUACAAUGUGGCCGAAGACUUUGAUUGUACAUUGUUUUUUUUUUUUUUUUUUAAAUAGUCAUUCCAAAUAUCGUGAGAUGCAUUGUUACAGGAAGUCCUUUGCCUUCCCAAAAGCCACCCCACUUCUCCCUAAGGAGAGGGGGCCAGUCCUCGCCCAGUCCACACAGGGGAGGUAAUAGCAUCGCUUUUGUGUAAAUUAUGUACUCCAAAAAAAAUUUUGUUUUUAAUCUUCGCCUUAAUACUUGUUCUUUUUGUUUGUUUUAUUUUGAAUGGUCAGCCAUCGUGGCCCCCUUUUUUUGUCCCCCAACUUGAGAUGUAUGAAGGCUUUUGGUCCCCCUGGGAGCGGGUUGAGGUGCGGAGGCAGCCAGGGCUCUCCUGUACACUGACUUGAGACCAGUUCAAUAAAGUGCACACCUUAAACACA